AAAUGUCUGGAAUAUAUUUCACUGUUAUUUUAUUAUGAAAUUCUAAUUCGUCCCUAUACAUAUUUAAAAUACUGUUUGGAUUUGCUAUUUUUUUCAAUAAUUUUAAAGUGUUAAAUCAGGACUGGAUUGUCGGAAUUACUACCUUCAAAAUCUGCAUUGUACAUGUAUGUUUAUUUGUUUAUUUAGAUACUAUAUACUGUCCAAAGGUAAAUAAAAGAUAGUUAUUCACGGCAUGGUACAAAUAUGAUAAAAAUAUAGGUCGUACAUCGUACUAAAAGAUACAAACAUAGAGUGAGUUCAUGACCAAUGAAUUGUGUGUGAAACUCUGAACCCUUGUGAGCCAUGGAAAAUGAACCACCCUCGUAUGAUGAAACAAACCAGAAUGAUACAAACCAAGCAAGUGGAGAUGAGAAGAUCAAAGUGUGGAAAUGUGACCUUAGUUUGACCUUUAUAAAGAGUAUAGGAGGAAUAUUUAAUGUUGUUUUAAUAGUAUUUUCGUUGCUAUGUUUGAUAGUAUUAGGAGCAGCAAAAAGAGUUGACUGUUUCGCAGCGUAUACAGCUAGUUAUGGUUUCUACAAUUUUGCCUUUGCGUCCUGCUUCAUCACAUAUAUACUUCGAUACAUAAUAUACAUAUUCAAUCUGAAUACACGUCUGCUAUGGGUAUUCCCGUGGCUAAUAUGGAACCCAGCAGUAAGCUUGUUUUUCGCAGUAUCAUUCUUUAUCUCAUCUAUAGCAGUUGUUGCUAAUGAUUGUGGAAAAUUACACGGAGGAUACAAAGCGGCAGCAGCUUUUGGAUUCAUAACAUUUUUUAUAAUGGCAGCUGAGUUGGCGUAUAAUAUAUAUCUCUUGAGAAGAGACCAUCCUCCAACUGAAAACAGUCUGUUGCUUUUUAUUGGAGUAGAAAGGAAACCACCUGGAAAUGCUCCUGUCUACGACCAAGACAAUACCACGUCAGACUCACCUGAAGAAUCAAAAUACUGAAUAUAGAUAAAGAUGAUGUACAUGUGCAGUUUUAUAUAAUUUAUGUUGUGAGAUUAUUGCGGUGCUAUACAAAAUACUUAUAAAAAUACAGUUCAUUUGUUCUGCAGGCAGAAUUAUUCAAACAAUUCAAUACAGACGCUUCAUUUAUAUUUA